GGCGUUUAAGAUCACAGUCGUGCCCCUUCUGCCGUGAUAGCCUCAAGAGAGUAAACUCAGGUGAUUUAUGGGUAUUUACCGAUAGCAGAGAUAUUAUUGACAUUGCAACCAUCUCAAGAGAGAAUAUGAGGCGCCUUUUCAUGUAUAUAGAUAAGUUGCCUCUGGUUAUCCCAGAUUCUGUUUUAGAUGCCUAUGAUUCUCAUGUGAAGUGACCUGUUUGGCAGUCUUCUGGUUCCUUGUUAUGGACCUCCCAAUUCUUUCAGCUAGUGCUUGUUGGCUGAUUGAUUUAUCCGAAGGAUAAUAUUCUAAUUCCUGCUUUAAAGCUGCUGCUACUUUUUAAGCAGCUGUUGAUCUUGAGUAUUUUCGAGAAGCGAUCUGUAUAUUGUGUUCAGGCUGCUGUAAAUAUUUGUACAGUUGUAAGUUGGUCUUUGUUAAGAACCUGACAGUAUUAUGAUAAACAGAUUAAUGUAAAAACUUGACUUGUGGAUUCA